GUACUUUGAUUUUGUCAUCACCAGUGUGUGGUCAUGUUGAACAUGUGUAGAAAAUGUUCUGCCUAUUGGGGUUCACUGCAAUGAUUUCUGGAUCCUGACUAUUCCAAGGGAACUUUGUGUAACAUGUAUAACAUAAUAACAGCAAUGAUAUGUAUGACAUUUUGUUUGCUCAGUUACUGUUGCAGUUAGUGCAACUACAGGCACCACUGCAAAUACGGCACCUAGCAUACCUAGUUGGGCAUAUGCAGGCCAAAAACUCUUCCUGUAAAUACGUUGUAUGCAAAUGUUUGUUGAUUUAACAAUGAUUGUAAUUGGUUUGUGAUCAGUGAUAGCAUACAAUUAGCUCAGUGUAGCUCAGUAGCAAAGUGUUUGGAGUGUUUACGUUAACUUUUAACACACUUUCUUGCCAAAACUUUUUUUCAGAGGUUGUGGGGGUUUACAUAACACUCAUGGAAAUUCUAGAGGGAAGAGGGGAGGAGCUUACUGAAAUUCCCCCCAUGGUGGGGGUAUAGAUAUUUUCUGGAACUACACAAUAUAUGAUUAAUGAUAAUCUGAUGACAACAAAAGUUUCUUCAUGUUUUAUGUUCAAAGGAUGAGUGCAGCCAAAAACAGCGAGAUCAGAUGAACAGUAAUCAAGGAUUUGGCCUCAAGAAAAAAGGAGUAGGAAAAAAGGAAUGUGAGCAAGACACUGGAUCUAUUUUGAAAUAUGCUGUUAAUGACAAGUGUGCAACACAAAAAUCAAAACCAUGGCAGAGGGCAAAAGUGAAAGCAACAAAAUCCAGAGGAAAUGAGAAGAGUAAAACAAACAGGAAAACUUCACAGAUAAGAAAUGCAAAACAGCAACAAAUUAGAUCUCCUGUCCACGAUGAAGAUGAACCUGACAUCAGUAAUGAGGGGAAUGAAUCAUAUUUGGAAGUGAUGCAGCAACUGCUCAACUGAAGCCCAAGGCAAAGGAAGUUUAUGAAAUCACAGGACGUAUCCUGGCCAUCGAUAUCAACAAACAACAUGUCUGUGUAAACUGCAAACAUCGCAACGACAAUGAUGAAGACUCCCCUGAUGACCUUGUACAGUGUUCCUCCAGCAAAAUAAGCACACUUAAAGAAAGCCUCCAGGAAAACUUCGGUAGGUUUUACUGCAACCGAGAAACCCUGGAUGGCAUGUUUCAGUCACUUACAGAAGUUGAGGGAUACAAUCUCGAAACAAAAUCAAAUAACAUGUCCAGGAAAUUUAUAGUCCAAACUCUCCUCUUAGUAAAACAAAUCUCAUUUGAGAUUUUCAUGGAGGACAAAAAAAUUAAGUCA